AUGGCUAAUAACCGUGGUGAUACAACACGUUCAGAGGUAUUUCAAGCAGGCUCCUAUGAUGCUGGAGAUGCGUCAGACUCUGGUUCAUGCAACAACACAGCAGGAAAUCAGGAGGAAGGCAUUGAGACUGACCUUGAAAUCGAUGGAACAGACGAUGAGUUGGAGAGUGCAUUGAAUGGAAGAGGUUUGCCCUCUUUGGAUCAAUUGGCAGCCAGCUCUCAGGCCAGUCCUAUGGGCAAAAGGCUGUUUAGACCAGUGACACCAAAUGGCUCUGGUCGUCAAAGCUACAUGGAAGAUGAAGAUGCGGCAGAAGAGGAGCAAUUAGUAGCUGACAGGCAGCAAUCGGAGUCUCAGUCAAGCUCUCGGUCAAGAACACCCCUUCGUCCAGCGGCAAAGAGAGCAAGGACUUCACCUAGGAAGGCAGCAGAAAUACGGGAUGCAUUGAUUGCAACACUUGUACAGUCCAAGGAGGAGAGGAAUCAGGCACGUAUCAAGAAGGAAGAGGAAAAGACAAAGCGAGAGAAGCUCAAGACACGGCGAGCUCUUGCUCAGGUGCAAUUGGAGAAGGAGAGGCUCGAUCGUGAGGAGAGGUGGAAGCGAGAGGAGGUAGACCGGCAGGAGAGACAGAGACAAGAGGAUCUUGCAAGGGAAGAACGAAGACGGAAAGAGGACAAGCAACAUUCCAAUGACCUGGCCUUACAGAUUGUCGAGUUGCUCCAGUCUCGAUCUCAGUCUCAGCAUCAGGGCCUGAAAUCCUCGGUCUCUUCGCUCCACGCCAACCCGUCCUGA